AUGAGGCGUCGUAAGGACCCUCGCGCCGCCGUCCCUCCUGCCGAUGCAGCCUCGCGCGACGCUGUCCACAAGCCCGACAGCAAUGCAACGCCACCUGCGCAAUCCGCUCUUUCGACGGGCGACGUGGCGGCUGUGGCGUUGCUCGCGUCGGGGACGCUGCUCGGCUACACGCUGACGCUCUACCCGUCCGUGGCGGGGGGCGACAGCGGGGAGCUCGUGGCCGAGUCGUGCCACUUGGGGGUCUCGCACCCACCUGGAUACCCGCUCUUCAACAUGGUCGUCCACGUCUUCACGAGGUUUUUGCCGUUCGGGGAGACUUCGGCGUGGAGAGCCAACUUCUUCUCGGCUGUGUGUGAUACAGUGGCGGUGGUGCUUAUUUAUCUGAGUUUGCUGCUCUGGAUGGCGCCAACUGGGUGGGCGGGACGGCGUGUUGCAGCUUUCACUGCGGCUGCUUUGUUCGCAUUUUCACCGCUUAUUUGGACGUACGCGGUGGGGGCUGAAGUGUUCGCACUCAAUAACGCCUUCACAGCGUUGGUGGUGUACCUGUUGCUGCGGUACACGCGCUGCCAAGAUAUGAGGUCGGCGUUGUGGGGAGCUUUUGCGUGUGGGUUGGCGAUGUGCAACCAGCACACCAUUGUGCUGUUCGAGCUGCCAAUUAUUGCGUGGGUGCUGUGGAGCAGAAGAAGGACACUGUGGUGGAAAGAGUUCGCUCAGUUUACUGGGGCAUUUGCUCUGGGUUUGAUGCCGUAUAUCUACAUGCCGAUCACCGCAAUCUGGAACCCACAGCCUGGAUCAUGGGGGGAUGUCACGACGCUGGCGGGGCUGAUUCAUCAUAUUUGUCGAGUAGACUAUGGCACUUUCCGCCUGUACGCGAGCAAUGAAGCCAACGAAGAUUUGUGGACGCGGUUAUAUCUGUAUGGCGUUGACCUGUCCGAUAGAGAGAUCCCCCUCCGGCUCGCCUUUCCGGUGAUAGCUGUCGGCAUUCUGCAAACUCUACGAGGUAGCGCUGGCAUGAACUGCAAGCUUGGAUGGUUUAUGAUUGCCAUGUAUUCGUUUUACAUGGUCGUCUUCCAUUCACUGGCGAACCUUCCGAUCAGCGAAGGCCUCAUCUACGGGGUCCAGAUGCGCUUCUGGCAGCAGCCGAAUGUUGUGGUAUUCACGUGGUUUGGCAUCGGUCUGGGGUAUAUUGCGAAUUUAUUCUCUCAAGUGGUCGGUCGAAACUCCAAAGUGGCGAAAUCUGUGGCGUCUACGGUUUGCCAAGUGGCUUGUUUAGCCCUCAUUGCGGUGCAGAUCUGGCGAUGGCACGAACUCUGCGAUCAAAGUCAAGCAUUUUACAUUCGAAACUAUGCCCAGGCACUGCUGGACCCACUACCUCAGGACGCUAUUCUGUUCGUGAACUUUGAUCUGCAGUGGACUUCGCUACGGUAUUUUCAACGCUGUGAGCUAAGACGUCCGGAUGUUACGAUCCUCAACCUCUCCAUGAUGACCUACAAUUGGUUCGCAACGAAGCACAAUCACUACCCCAAUCUACAGUUUCCAGGAUCCAGACUCGUUCCGUUUGGUUCCGCGGGUGAUGGCUUCAGCAUGGCUCAACUCUUAGACGUGAAUAUUGGCGAUUUAGCUCACCAGCCUUCAAACAAGCAGGCACGUAUCUUUUUGGGCGGAAAACUAAGCUACAACGACCAAGACUUCAACCAGAAGUAUACUUUGGUGCCAUUCGGACUGCUCGACGAGUUCAAGAGUCUAUCAGCAACCAUUCCGCCGUUGAAAAGGUGGUAUUCGUCGCAGCAGAAGGUCAAGACGACGAUCCGCGAGCGCCUUCCGGUGCUGCCACCAGAAGAAUUAUACAAUGAUGAGACGUGGGAGUGGACCAUCGCUCGUGACCACGGCAUGAAAGAGCUCAACUGGGCCACCUACCUGCUGGAGCGGACCAUAGCAGAAGACCCCGGGAAUCUGUCUCUGCUCAGCGAAGCAGCCAAGCCGAUGGAAAUCUCGUACCAGUUCGAGCCACGUCAGUUUUGGAACCCGGCCUCGAACCUGAAGAACUUGGGACUCGCGUACGCGCAAAUGGUGAAGUCCAACAAGGAGUUCUCUGGCUCAAAUGACCCAUUCCUCAAUGAUGUCGUCGGGAAAGGUGUGGCGGACUCAACAAGAUUUAAAGACCGUGCUUCAGCUAGAAUGCUGGAAGUCUGGGAUGCGUGGCUGCGAGUGCCAGAAGCGAAACAGGAUCCAGGAUACGAGGCGAUUAAAGGCGUUGUCCGACAAUUUGUUCCGUCAUCUCCCGAAGAAGUGCAGUCGGGGACUAAUGCAAGGAAGCAAAAGCAGCACCGCAGCAAGAAG